AUUUUAUUAUUUUUUUCAUAGACGAUUGACAUAAUAUACAAUUCACAAUGCAAAAUACUAAUCAAAGACCAGAAUCUAGAAAUUGUAAUCCAUCCAAAAUGUAUAAAAAAUCAUGUUUCCUUGAUAUGUAUAAAGGAUUCCAGACGUUACUGAUAGGUGACUCUUUUUGUGAUAUAAAAUUGAAAACGGAUGAUCAAAAAAUAAUAACUGCACAUAAAGUGGUUUUAUCAAUAGUUAGUCCGUAUUUCCGUACAAUUUUCACAAAUCGUGCAGAAAAAAAUCAUGAUCUUGUGACUAUAAGAAAUGUAGAUUAUAACGCUUUACAGCUCUUAGUAAAGUUUAUAUACUCGGGCCAAAUCUUGGUGACUGAAGAAAACGUCCAGGACUUGUUAAAAGCUGUAAAUAUCCUACAGUUAUACGAAGUAAAAGAUGCUUGUUGUGAUUUCUUACAGUCACAACUCUGCACCACAAAUUGUAUUGGUAUUAACGCUAUAGCUGAUUUACAUAGCUGUACAAAAUUGAGAAAAAUAUCAGAAUUAUAUAUUCUUCAACACUUUUCGUACGAAAUAUAAUUUAUUAUUAAGAUUG